CGUUCUUUUUUUUUUUAAAUCUCCAUGAAAUUGUCUUUUCUUCUUUUCCCUUUUUUUCGUGACUCUUUUAGAAAAUCAAGUGAAGAUGAGCAGCUGGAGCCGGUGAAGGACAAAUAACUUCAUUCUUUGCUGUGGGAAGUUUUUUAACAUAGUUGGACUAUUUAGAAAAGUAUUUUAAAUAGUUGAAACAAGAGCGGGAAGGAAGGCUGGAUGUGAGGUCGCACGCGGACGCUGAAUUCGGUGAAAAAGAGGGAAAACGGACGGAAGUGAUGGCUGACAGAGGAAAACCUUCAGAAGGAAAGGCAGUCCGCUCCCUCUGGUCAAAGGACGUCGCCGCUCAGCUUUGGCACAGCACUCCUGUCAAACAGAGGAGCGUUGGGUCCGGUCAGCCGUCAGGGCCGAUGGACAGAAGUACAAACCCUGGGUUCAGAGGCUCUUCUUUGGAUCCACCGGACUCUCACAGUCUUUAUAGUUUGCAAGAAACAAAGCUCCCCGUGAACGAUCUGAGCGGCUCCACCAUCCAGAGGCAGAGGAGGGAGAUCCAGCUGCUGAUGGAGGAGCUGAAGGACAGAGAGGUGGAGCUGAACGCCAUGGCAACCUCCCAUCACAAACAGCAUCAGGUCUGGGAACAAGACCGGCAGACGGUGCGGAUGUUAGAGCAGAGGUGUGCACGACUACAUGAGGAGGUGCAGAAACGGAACGAGCUGAUCGGAGCCGUGACCACGCGCAUGCUGGCCGUGGAAAGCCGAGAAGAGGAGGCCCAGAAGGAGCUGAGCGCGGCCAGGCAGCAGCUCUGUGGUCUCCAGCAGGAGCAGAGGGUCAUCAGAGACAGAUGUCGGGACUGUGAGGAGAAGAACCAGAGUCUCAGCUCCACCGUCACGGCGCUGUCCACCCAGGUGGGCUCCCUGCAGGCCAGAGAGGAGGAGCUGAGCUCCAUGCUCAGACUGAAGGAGAAAGAUGCGACGGAGGCCGCGGCCCAGAUCCUGAGCCUCUCUGGACGCCUUCGAGACGUGGAGGCGCUCCUGACAGAGAGCCGCUCGCAGGAGAGCAGACUCCUGAGAGACAUGGACGACCACAAACGGCGUUCCAAAGAAGCCAAACACGAAGCCUCAUGGCUCAAAGAUCAGGUGCAGCAGCAGGCGGUGCAGAGCAGCACGCAGAGAGAGGAGAUCAUCCGACUGAAGCAGGAGCUGCAGCUUCUUCACAGAGACGUGGCUCUCAGCGGAGAGGGCGACAGCUGGAAAGAUGAGCUGCUGGAUCUGUGCCGGUCCAAACAGGAGCGCAUCAUGGCAGAACUCCACUGCCUCAGGCAGGUGUGUGAAAAUCAGAGGCAGGAGCUGCAGCUUCUACAUCUGAACCAGGGAAGAGCUCCCGAAGCUCUGAGGCAGAAGACCAGUGAGAGCCUCGGGGAGCCGACGUGUAAAUGUGUAAACCAUCAGUCGCCUUCAUCGCUGGGAGGGAAAACGCCUCCACCUGUGCAGGAUCCUCCUUACCUGACACAGGGAGGAGGUCAUCUGUCCGGAUCUUCUCUGCAGCGGCUGAUGGACGAACUCCUGGUUUCUUCGGAGAAAACCGACUCCGCUGGUGAUGGCGGAACCGUUCAACCACGUCACCCGGAAGGGUUUCCGUGGCGUCAGCAGCAGCCAAACGCCUCCCGGGUCCAGGCGAGUCCAACUCCACCCGAAGCCUGCCCUUGUCCCAGUUCGGCGCCGUGGACGGCGUGAACACGGGAACGCCGGACCUUUCCGUGGUGUUUUCCCGAAGUGACAUUCAGGGACCCUGUACUGCGGGAAAAAACCUAAACAGAUGUAGCUUAAUGAAGACAUUUUACAAAAAAAGAAAUGUUGUUGUAACGUUAUAAAGUUUUUAUUGAUA